GAUCAUGCUUCAUCUAUAUCACUGGCCCCAACUUUCAAAGACGGCGAACCUGGCCGAGGCCAACGCAUCGGAGGACGACAAGAUCAGAGCCAUGAUGUCACAGUCCAAUCACGACUACGACCCCAUACAUUAUGUGAAGAAGUUGACCGGUCCACCUCCAGCCAACUACACCUGUUAUCGCUGUGGCAAGAAUGGACAUCACAUCAGGAACUGUCCUACUGGGGUAAGACAUCACAUCAGGAACUGUCCUACUAACGGGUAAGACAUCACAUCAGGAACUGUCCUACUAACGGGUAAGACAUCACAUCAGGAACUGUCCUACUAACGGGGUAAGACAUCACAUCAGGAACUGUCCUACUAACGGGGUAAGACAUCACAUCAGGAACUGUCCUACUAACGGGGUAAGACAUCACAUCAGGAACUGUCCUACUAACGGGGUAAGACAUCACAUCAGGAACUGUCCUACUAACGGGGUAAGACAUCACAUCAGGAACUGUCCUACUAACGGGGUAAGACAUCACAUCAGGAACUGUCCUACUAACGGGGUAAGACAUCACAUCAGGAACUGUCCUACUAACGGGGUCAGACAUCACAUCAGGAACUGUCCUACUAACGGGGUCAGACAUCACAUCAGGAGCUGUCCUACUAACGGGGUAAGACAACACAUCAGGAACUGUCCUAAUGGGGUAAGACAUCACAUCAGGAACUGUCCUAAUGGGGUAAGACAUCACAUCAGGAACUGUCCUACUAACGGGUAAGACAUCACAUCAGGAACUGUCCUACUAACGGGGUCAGACAUCACAUCAGGAACUGUCCUACUAACGGGGUCAGACAACACAUCAGGAACUGUGUCCUACUAACGGGGUAAGACAUCACAUCAGGAACUGUGUCCUACUAACGGGGUAAGACAACACAUCAGGAACUGUCCUAAUGGGGUAAGACAUCACAUCAGGAACUGUCCUAAUGGGGUAAGACGACACAUCAGGAACUGUCCUAAUGGGGUAAGACAUCACAUCAGGAACUGUCCUACUAACGGGUAAGACAUCACAUCAGGAACUGUCCUACUAACGGGGUCAGACAUCACAUCAGGAGCUGUCCUACUAACGGGGGUAAGACAUCACAUCAGGAACUGUCCUACUAACGGGGUAAGACAACACAUCAGGAACUGUGUCCUACUAACGGGGUAAGACAUCACAUCAGGAACUGUGUCCUACUAACGGGGUAAGACAUCACAUCAGGAACUGUGUCCUACUAACGGGGUAAGACAUCACAUCAGGAACUGUCCUACUAACGGGGUAAGACAACACAUCAGGAACUGUGUCCUACUAACGGGGUAAGACAUCACAUCAGGAACUGUGUCCUACUAACGGGGUAAGACAUCACAUCAGGAACUGUGUCCUACUAACGGGGUAAGACAUCACAUCAGGAACUGUCCUACUAACGGGGUCAGACAUCACAUCAGGAACUGUCCUACUAACGGGGUAAGACAACACAUCAGGAACUGUCCUACUAACGGGGUAAGACAACACAUCAGGAACUGUCCUACUAACGGGGUAAGACAACACAUCAGGAACUGUCCGAAUGGGGUAAGACAUCACAUCAGGAACUGUCCUACUAACGGGGUAAGACAUCACAUCAGGAACUGUCCUAACGGGGUAAGACAACACAUCAGGAACUGUCCUACUAACAGGGUAAGACAUCACAUCCUUGGUGUGUGUGUGUGUUAUCGUUGUUCAGAGCAACCCAGUAAGUGUGUGUCUGUGUGUGUGUGCGUGUGGUUGUCUGUGUGUGUGUGUGUGUGUGU